AUGCGAUUAUCGGUCUGCGGUCAAAGCGAUACCUAUCGAAUCUUCAGUCUCACCACAUAUAAUGACGGCCUUAGGAUCUUCCAACGGCUUCUGCAAGAGAAACGUCCGGAAUCGAAAGGCCUUUUGGUUGUUAUUUCAUUGAUCUUCACCCUUUUUGAAGCCGCCCAGCUAGAGCCCACUCAGGUAUACGACGGAUGGGAGGGCCAUCUCAAAGGCGCAUUGUUUCUGAUGCAGCGGCAAGGCCCUGCAGCUUUUCAAACUGGUGGCCUCCAUGCAGCGUUCAUAAAGCUUCGGGAAAUGGCGAUCGUUCCUCGCGCAACGCGACUGGAUAGAAAUUCCCUGGGCGAGAAUGGAGAAAUCCUCGCGCGAUCGCUUAUAUGA